AUGUUGGCGUCCUUUAAAAGUUUGCUCGUAGAUCUCCAGGACUUUACCAUACUGCGCGAACGCCGCGGCCAGGGAGGCGUCGCCGACGAAGAGGGGACACCGAAAGGCCGUGACGGUGACAACUUGAGGGCCGAUCUGGGCUACUGGUACUGCAGCACCGUUGAGCACGAAGUUCCCACGUGCCGAAAGCUUCCCUGCCGCCGCAGCCUCUCCGAAGUGGUGACACCGCGCGACCUGGCCGUCUACGUGAUGUCCCUUCAGCUGGGCGCCAGCGGUGCGAGCAUGGCAUUGGGUUGGUUGCACCGGUCCACUGCCGGCUGGAGGCUUGUCACCAUCAUCGCCAUGACACCAGUCUUGCUGCUAUUCUUCCAGUUUGGUUCCACGACUGAGUCUCCACGCUGGCUGGUGCGUGCGCAUGAGUACAGCCGUGCCCAGCGGAUAUUGCUCGGUGCUGCCCGCAAGAAUGGAAUUGAACCCAUCCGGGCCUUGAACAUGUGGACAAAGGCACGCGGAAGACUGGAGAGUUUGGACGUGACCUCACCUAAACUGCAAGCGCGCCCGAUGUUCUGGCUUCUCUGGGCUACCUGGCGAUGGACCACCGUAAUCCUGUUAACUACCUGGUUUACGAUGGGCUACGUGUACUACGCGGUGGUGCUGUCGUACAUUCGCAUGACCAACAUGAUAUUCAACUUUGACGUGCGCGGCGCCCUGGGACCCCCGACGCUGGUGCUCGCCUACCUCCUCGCAGAGACACUGGGCCGACGCUCGUCGGUUGCCAUGGCCCUCGCCACCACCGGAGCCAUGGCUGUGCUCACCAGCUACGUCGCGCACUUUGAAGAUCUGAUGACUGUCCUGGCUCUGGUGUGUCUCUCUGGGAUCAACGUGGCUUCGGCGCAGCUGCCACUGCUCACCGUCGAGCAGUACCCCUCUGCGUUGCGGGCGCCCAGCUUCUGCUCAGCCAUGCUUGCUGGCCAGCUCGGCGCGCUCGUCGCACCUUUCGUGCGCAAGCAGGCCCUCCUCAUAGGUCCAUAUUGGCCUCUCUUCAUCAUUGGACUCACAAGUUUGACUUGUGGCGUUAUGCUGAUGGCACUACCGGAGACAAAGUUCGAAGGAAUGAUGGCUGCCAAAGAGUGGGACGAGGACGACCAAGGUGCUUUCCGUGCAGCUGCGAAUGAAUAGGUCAGCCACGUGAUCGACAGGAGCCUCGGUGAAACACCACGCCUACUUUCGCCAUAUGAUGUCAGUAAUAUUGUUGAUGUGCACCUUGUUGCGCAGGUUGCGCAUGCGUUAGAAGUCUGGAAUAAAUG